AUGUACUCAAAGAAGAGCUAUUCAUCUGGGACAGAAGAUGUCCGGGAAUAUAACGAUGCCAAAACAGGUCGCGAGGCCGGAAGACCCUCGUUCAUAUCAAGCCUAUGCAUAGGGCCCAAAGAAGAUAAGAUUGAGAGGGAAAUCUAUCCCACCAAGGAAGCUUCUGAACGGGUCUCUGAAAACACAACAAAGUCUUUUGUGACAAGAAGUGUCAUCGAUAAAAGGUCAACCUCUUCUUACAGAACGAGCGAAAAAAUUCAAUCCGUUAAAUCGAGAGAUUUACCUGGAUAUUCAGGCAGAGAAGCAACAAAGGAUCCGAUCUCUUCAUUUUACUCUUCAUACUCCAAAGACGAAGACCUCAGAGAUGCCGCAAAAGUGAAUCAACUGGCUGAUAAAAGCGAAGAUGUUAUUUCUUCCUUUUAUCGAUCGAGUGUCGGUUUUAGAAAAGACAGAAGUGUUGACCAGAAAACCAAUAUCGCCGGAGAAAAUGGAGAAUCCAUCCGAGCGACAAGUUAUAAGGCUGCUGCUGCUGAAUUGCGCGCUGCCAAAGGAGUAAGCUGGAGGACUGACAGAUCAACAGACUCUUCUAGUAGCCUCAAGGGUCGAAGUUCUUUACAGAGCAUUAAAGAAGCAGACAAGGAAAAUGGUGGUCCUACGACCAUCAAUUCGGAAAAUAUAAACAUUCUGAGAAGAGCUUUGGAAAGAAAGGACGCAUCUAAUUCUCUUGAUAGAGAAAGACUUUCCAAAAAGUUUUCUGAAGACGACAGCAUUGAUCUAUCGAAACACACCUCGAAGGCGCAUGUGAAUUUGUCUGGUAAACACGGAGACAGCGAUUCGCACAGAAAGACGACCUUAACAAAUACUUCCAAAUCAGAGAAAGACGACGUCGUUGGCAGGCGAGAGACGUUUGAUGUUCAUACAGUUAUGCAGAAUGGUAAAGCAAGUGAUUGGGGAAUUUUCCCAAGAGAAAUCAAGGCACGCUCCCGUUCUACUGAAAACCUAAAUGAAAAGAAAAGAGAUAGAUCAGGAAUCUUUAGAGAGAUUCCUGGGAGAAGUGAGUUUUUGUCUCAUUCCAGGUCUUUAUCAGAUUUUGGAACCACAGGUUCUGACGAUGACAAGCGUUUUUCGAGGGAAAGCAGGCGCACAGGAUCACUUGAUCGAAAUGCAGGUUUUGUUGAUCGUUGGAACCGCGCUGAUCGCAAUGGACGCUCCUCAUCUCUUUCAAGGCUGCGAAGCCGGUCUUCAGAAGAGUUAAGGCCUUCCUAUGAGGAUAAACAGGUGUAUCCAAGCUAUCGAUCUAGAGCUCUGCACCGUCAAGGAAACUUCGACCGUGAAGGUUCUUUUCGCCGUGAUGAGACAAACAGGAGAGAUUCAAGAAUGGGAGAAAUGAGAUCGUCAACCCGUGACAAGCUAAGAGAAGAUAUAGCUCGACUCAAGGCUGAAGCCGAAAAUCGGACAACGAAGAAAGAUGUGAAGCUGUAUUCGUUUAGCCGAGAACCCACCAUUCAUGACAAGCUCAAGGAAGACAUUGCAAAGCUCAAAGCUGAAACGUUGACACGAGACCAUGUAAAACCUUAUGUUCCACCAGCUUCGUUAAGACCGGCGUCUGCGAACAUUUCUUCGAGAUGGAGAAGUCGAGAACCCUCUAUACAAGACAGGCUCAAAGAAGACAUUGCAAGAUUGAAAGCUGAAGCGGAGAAAAUGCCUUCUUUCCCCAAACCGACCUCGGAUGUUACCACUGAAAUAAUCAUUCCAGACAGAAGAAUGGAGGAUAUGGCAGAUGUUCGUCAUGGUGGAAUUAGCAGAACUUUGGUCGAGAGAUAUAACGUGUCCAAUAACGAUGGAGUUGUGUUUAAGGAUGUGUCGAGGAAUGAAGAAACAAAGAGGUUUGGUGAUGCUAAAAAUCCUAAAGAAGACGAAAUAACUCGACGACGAGGCAGCUUAAGAAAUGACCAGCCAAAGUUACGAAAUGAAUUCCGAAAUGUUGAAAAGUCUAUUGGAGAUGAAGUGCCUCUCAGGCCUCCAGCAGACUACUUCCAUCCAUUCUCGGAUCGCACUGUUCCAUCCUCCACAAGGACCACCGAGGGAGCUGUGUCUGUGCUUUCUACGAGGCCACCCCUAUGGCCCAAAGAAAACGAAAAUGGGUCAACAGAACGAGAAAAUCCCUUGACCACACCACGAGAUAUUUCGACCGAUCCAAGCAACUCUUCUAAAUUUCAAUCCGCUGAAGCAUAUGCAAGUAAGCGAGUGUUUAAGGCAGACUCUAUCGUCUCCAUAUCAUCAAGUAAAGAAGCCAGGGGUGGCCCAAGUUCUGUACAGGGACAUUCCCGCGGAAGCAUUUCCACAGAGGGUCGUUCAGCCUAUUAUUACAGAGAAAUGGGUGAUAAAGAAAACGGCAUACCAGACUCCAUACUGAGACGGUCAUAUGAGGAAAUACCAAAGCCAGCUGCUCUACCUCGACCACGGGAUGAUACCGUACGGCUGCCUUAUUCAAGAUACGAAAGUGUCACUCACGGACGUAAAUAUCCCGCUUCAUCUCCAGAGGGAUUGCAGGGCGAACCUGGUUAUGAAGACUGGCGGGAGAGAGAUGAAAGGAGGUCGGUCAGGGUUCACUCAAAUGAUGAAUUUGUCACUAGAAAGACAAUCAGAGAUGAUUCCGUUAUUUCUCGGAAGAGGUGGGAAGACGAUACUCCUAGAUCAUUAUCUUCAAAAGUUGAGUCUCCGAGACACAUUCCUGAGAGGUCGAAACCUUCACCAAGAAGGACAAGCGCCCGCGAAGACAAGCAUAUAUCAGAGGAAAACAAGACUCGUUUCUGCGAGGAAAUCGAUGCUCCAUUACCAGAGUAUAAGGAGAUCAAGACAUCACCUGUUAUUAGUGAGCUCCGGAAGAAAAUUGAGCAGCUAAAAGACAAGGUUGAUACACUGGAUGAUAGAAGAGCUCGAAUGAAACUUGAAAGGUAUGUGGAUGACCACUCAGAGAGGAAACCAGAUGUUGAUAUCAAACCUCCAGUUCAUAUUAAGAGGUACCAACCAACCGAAUUCAAACCAGGUUCAGGAUCAGAGGUUGAUGGUCCAGACUCACUUGGGAAAAGAGAGGUAUGUCGCUAUUCUCAGUGCACAUUGAAUGAAAGCAUUUCAUGGGUCAUGAAAGGAAAAGAGGAAGAGCAAUAUUGUAAAUAUUACCACUCGAAUCUAUCUUAGUUGCAACUCAUUCGUCCAGAGUCUUGUCCCCACUCUGCCUCGGUCUACGUCUUUUCCCCCUACACCAUGGUCUGUCAUUCAUACAUGUAGAGUUUUUUAUUUACACCUUCACCAUCAAUCAAACUCUCAAGGUAUCAUUUUUUUUUUUAAAUCAAUUUUCUGUACUGGUAACCCUAUGAGAAUAUUAACCUUCAUUGGGAAGACGUGCUGUUAUUAUGUGUCGAGUUCCCUGAAAAUAACUUUUAGUAGCAAAAUUGUACGUUCCCUAUCAGCGACGUGAAACAAAACCUGGGUUAGUCACCGGAUAGAAAAAUUUAAUGGAACUUUGGAAUUGAUAUACUUUUUACUUAUUACAGAGUAUCACAUCCGAGACAAUCAGUCGCCAAAUCAGUAGACAGACCAGCACAGCCAGUACUCUCAGACAGAUCAGCAGUAUUCAAGAUGAUGUAAGAACAACACCGCAGUCCCAUGCAGAAGAGGUCAUAUCUCCGACGAGUAAACCAGAUCAAAAGCCUGCUGUUAUGAAACAAAUGUGUGACGCACAGACGAUGACCCCUCCUGAUGUUCAACAAAAUGUUGUAACUACUGUGGUUCAACGGCAAGACUCCAUUGUAGACGAGCGAGACAGGCUAAAGGAAUUAAGAGGCGUUCCUAUAGACUACAGGAGAAGAACUACUCAAAUUGAGGAGGUAAAAAGGGCCCAUUUUAUGAUCACAGAAGAAAACUUUAUCUCCUGCUUAACAGUUUGAAACUUUGUACGGAUGAUCAGGUUAUUUAAAGACAUUAAGAUUUAUGUAAAAGUAGACAACCUCUACAUAUUACGAUACAGAUAAUAUAAUCUGAAAUACUUCUUGUUAUAGAUCUUACUACAAGGCCUCUCAUCUAUAUAUAUAUAUAUAUAUUUUUUUUUUUUUUUUUUUUAAACAAUUUGCGUUUUCGUCAGUUGGGACGUUACCUAAAAAACAAAACCUUUAGCCAGCUUCUGCUCAAGCGGAUUAGCCAUGUUGUCAAUUGUUUUAAAAUCAUUUCUGAUUGAAUAGGUGGACAGAGAACAAGUGAGAGACAAUGGUGUCACCAUGAUCCAAGUAGACAGUCACCAACAAACCAUAUCACCGAAAAAGGACGUGCAAGAGUGGUGGAACGCUUUCACAGCUGAAGACGUAGAUCGUUUACUAAAAAUUGGAAAUUGAAUCCGUGGAACGCAUACACUGCCGAGGACGUUGACAGAAUGUUCCACGUGGGGCCGGUGAGAAGACGAAGCUUCCAUCGGAGGUAAAGUGGAAAGAAAUUAUUCAUGCAUAUGAAUAAUGUAUUCAAUUCCUUACAACAAGCAUGAUCUUGCUCUUGUUAGAAAUAUUUUUCGAGGAUUCAUAGUCAAAACUUUGGUUUACACGGUAAAGGUCUUGUCCAGAUUAGAAUUUACAGAUAACCCUCAAUCCAAGACUUAAUUGUUUGUCAUCCCCUAUGUAUGCUACACGUUUCAUCGUAAUAUGAUUAAUUUAACAAAUUUGGUGUUAUAUAAAGACGUCAUAUGUUCCUCAUUUCUGGGAAUGUAAGGGCUAAUUCCUAAGAAUCUUUUCUGUUAUAUUAAAAGAAAAACAACAGAAUUAGGGGUAUAACUUGAAGAACCAAUCAAUGAAGCUUCAGUACUUUAAAAGAGCAUCGAAAAAAACAUAUUCUGAUGAUACUGUGUCAACUCUCAGAUCCCUCCGAAGAUAUCCGAAAAUACUACAGUACAAAGACGAUCCCGUUGACGUUCUCGUGAGAGUGCGAGGAAGACGCGAAAAACAUCGUCGCCCUCAAUGCAUUAUUGCUCAAGCUGCGCCGGAAGAGAAAGCAAUAGUACUGAGAGAGACAAAGGAGACUACAGAGCCCUAUAUCAGAACAAUUAAAGUCGAUGAUGUUUAUGGAGCGGAUGCUGUUAGAGUAGAGAAUGGAGUUGUGAAAAUUAAAGUUGGUGAUAAAGGAAGGUAUGUUUUGAGGAUUAUACUCAUGAAAAGUAGAUGGAAAGCAGUUUUCGGCACCCCAAGCAAUUAUGGAAGAGCAUAGAACUGACCUUCCUCUUCUAGUUAUCUUGUACGAGCCUCUCAAGUCAAGGUAGAAACAACUGGUCAUAGGGACUUGGUUUAUUUUGGAUUUAUUUUCGUUUCAGUUUGUUCUCUUCUUCAUUCAAAUUGGAAAGAGAACAAACUGAAGUGAAAGAUUCCUUCGCUUUUGCCCCCUUCCGAGCCGCAGUAUAAAAAUCUAGUCAGUACUGCUGAUAGCUUAUCUUAGUGAUAGCGCAUUCAAUACUCCACCACUUUUAUGAUUGCGAUUAUAUCGUUAUUUUUCGAUUAGGAAAACAUGGGGGAGGAUCCUACAGAAGAAAAAUGACACCUUUGAGGUAACUUUAUCUUAUUUAAGUGGAUACUUGAAAAGCAUCUAUACUCAUGCCUCCCAAAUGUUCCACGAAAAACUGAGGAGUUUUGACUGAUUGUCAUUCAUGCUACAAUAACUUAAUUCUCCAAGUUUACAAAGGUCACUACAUUAACUGAACCAGUUAAAUUAUAGGAAAUGAGAAGCAAGAAUUUCCAGCUAAAUUCGAUCAUACUUGUCAGUGCUUAGGACCAAGACAAGCAAAAUUGGCAAAAAAUAAGUGUAAUUCAUCGCUCGUUUCAUGCAGUCGAAUCGUCAGUUUUGUCGAUGAGUUUUUAUUCAUCUGUUUUAUUGUUCUUAGUCGGAUGGUAUUGUUAGAGUCCCAGUUAGCGGAGACCAGUGCGAAGACGGCAUGUACUAUACCAGUCACUACAAAGGACAACAGCAAGAUGGAAAAGUGCGCACACCAAUCAAAUUCAAGAUACAAGAGCAAAACGCUGCUAAAUCUAACAAGAUACGCGUCGCUAGGGAGAUGAGAAGAACCGGGAGCAUGAGACGAAGACGAAAAGCCGCUGCCAGUAGUCUAUGUCCUUACAUCGUGGGCGCACGAUAUUACAGAGGGAAGAUAUUGUUGACAUGUGCUGACGCUCAUCGAUCCCAGAACCGUGCUCAAAGUGGUCACCAGGAGAUUGUGGUAAGGCAGCCACAAAGCAGCUCAAAGGUAUGUUGGUUAAUAAAACAAAACGUUCAAAGACACCCUAUGAUAUUUUGGAACUAACCGUGUUCAUUUGAUGAAGAAUAACGAAUACUUAGGGUGUUAACAGACCCAAUAUAACUUUGAACUCAACUUUAAAAACUAUUAAUCAAAACCACGUCAUGAUUUCUUCAUAACUGUUCCGUUACUAUUUUUGUUACUUAAAGGUUACAGGCAAUGAAAUAGUUCUGCGUCGCAACUCCCAACCACCAGCGUUUCCAGUGAAGACCAUUCAGAGAAUCCACGAAGGCCACAAAACCACAAGUCACGCGGCUACAACCCGAGCAGAAGAUGGAAAGAUGAUAAUUACUGUACACGCUGUCCCGCCUCGACCGCCACGUUUUAGUCUGAAACAAGCUGGACAAAACAUGACGAGUAGCUCCUACCAUGGCAAGACUUCCGAGCAACGAGGUGUAGCGAGUACUUCCGGAAAUUACCUCGUAUCUUCGACCUCUGGGCCUCAGGGGUACGUGACAUCAUCCAGGCCUAGCAGACAGGGGAAUGCAGGUACUUCAUAUUACGUAACUGAUCCGUCCGACUCGUUCGGUCGCAGAUCUGGCUACCACAGUGCAUCUCGUUACCACUCUUCCAACGAAAUGUCCAGCACCCCAACUAUUAUCCCGUAUGAAGAUGGCCCCACAAGUCGAAGAGGGACACAGAGUGGUUCGUUUAUUACCGACCCGUCGAGUUAUUAUGGGUUUUAUGAUGCACCAGGGUCAAGGAUAGUCUCAUCAGACCCGCGUCUGAAUGCACGCACGGGAUACGGAGAGAAAUUCAACCUUCGAGAUCACGGUGGCCUCUCCUCGGUGCGUUACGUGAACGGAGCGCGUCAAGGAAGUAGGAUAAUCAAUGAAAGGUACAUAUUUCAUCCAUCAUUCAGAUAAAACUCAGAUAUACAAACCAGAAUGCAGUGGCAGGUGGCAUGUCGCAAAUAAACGUGGCCGCAGUAUGACUUCAGUAUUUGUCUACCAAACUACCCUUAAUUCAUAUCGGCUUCUUUUUCCUAAGCUCAAUCGUCAAAAUGGCCGGUCUGUCAAGUGCUGAGGGGUUAUUUGGCAAGCUUAACAAAAAACAGCUUCCGCGUGGGAUAAUAAUGCUCCAAAAGCUCAGGAUCCACGCAUCACCAAAAUUUAGUCAACCACAAGGCUUUUAACUUUAUAAAACAUUUAUUCAAAAAGGCAAAAAAAUAAGCCCGAUAUUCGUUUAAAACUUAUAGGAAUAAACAAAUAAGUUGAUUGUGAAAUUAACUCGUCUUUUUUAUUAGAAUUAAGUCAAAUGGACACUAUAGGUAUGGUUCAUCUUGGAAUUCCACGCAACAGGUAAACAGUUUUCUUCUUAAACAAAAUUGCUAACCUGGCAUUAUGUAUAAUAAGGGUCCAUGAACUCCUUGAGUAGAGGGACUUGUAGAAAACUUAUCGAUUCACUUACUUGAAACGCAGUUUUUCUCUGAAACCCUCUGCUACAUAUUUCUAUUUUGGUAAGUUUCCCCGCCCCUUCCAACAGAAAAAAAGUAAUUAAAAUUGCCUUGAUACAUGACGAUUAUUCCCUUACAGCUACGAAAAGGUGAACAUUUUUUUUCUUUCGUUUGCCUUUUAACCUUAGCUCAUCGUUUUCCGAGAAUCGACAUAUAGGGAGAUUUUUGGCUUAGUCGUCGUGUUGUGCAUGCAAAAGAUAUUAACAUCGAAGACCAAACCAAAACAUAUAAUUGCAAUAAUUUUUAACUCUAACAAAGAUACUUGACGGACAUUCCCUACUCUAAUAUACUCUGUGUGUACAUUGUGAUUGAUGAGAAGUUAUUUUAGAGGUAAAUUAUUUAUUUCCUCCAGGACGCAUUAAAUGGCCGUUCGAUGUCUUGGGCAGUAGAAGUUGUUCCUGAUUUCUGAUUUUUUUCAAUCGACAUUACCAGGUAAACAUAUACAUUAGAGCGAAGUUGCUCAAAAUUUCUCAAGAUCUAUUACAAUUUACCUUUUCCACUUUUUUUUCUUAUUUGAAAAUUAAAAGAGUAACACUUGGUUUUUUGCCACCUGUUCGAAAAACUGUAAAAGCUUUUCAUAUCUAUAACUGUAAUUUACCGCCAGCGAAAAAAGCAACAACUAUUUAAAACCAAAUUUUUUUACAUGCUUCUGUAUCAGUUCUUUUCCUAUCUUCUUGACAAGGCGCAUAAAUUCUCCUUUCAGGAAAUAAACCAGACCCAUCAACGAAGAAUUCGAAGUGAUCUUUGGGUUUUCGGGUGAUGUGAAUUAUGGAGUUGUGCAGUUCGAGUAAAGUUAUAAUAAGAUAAAGAGACAUGCAGAGAAAAAGGCACAGAAGUAAAAUUACUUCGCCGACCGAAUUAGAGGAAAGUAAACUAUGUGUUAUAAAGAAAUGUAUUCAUUACAUCUCUCAGUUGGUAGGGGCGCUAUGAUUGGCCAAUAUCAUGGCCUGUAUUUCACUGCACUUCCACUGAAUUCAUUAUUUUGUUUCACUUGGAACCUUCCUUCUCUGUUUAAACCCAGAGAUGUAACACAUUUUUUACUAACCUCGUUUACGGACCUCGCAAACUCAGUUAGUAAGAUAUCUGUAUU